AUGUCCACCCAAUUGGGAGGUGAACCUUAUACAUAUAACACUUCUCACGGACUAGAGACUGAAUUGGCUAAGGACACUCUAUUGAUUGCAAAUCUCAGUAGCAGUUCGGAGCUAAAUUGUGCUACGGACUUGGUACUUGAGUAUCCUGGAUAUGGAGAAUUCGGUGUUCAAGGCGUCCUGAACAUCACCACUUGUGACAAAGACGCAAACGAUAUCCGCCUUGUUUCUACACUUGUACUCCCUGUCAACACUACAGGACCAGAAGACUCCGAGGAAUCAUACAACAUCACGACAUUAGGCUUACUGUGUUCGCCUUCCUUUACCAUACAUGAUGCUCUGAUUCAAGUAAAAUGGCUCUCUGGCGAAGUUCUCCGAUAUACAGGAACUCCAUCUACUCCGGAUCCGGUUGAUGUACAAAUUUCCACUGAUGCCAUCUACGCCUACCUUAAUAAUCCUAUGGAUGAUCGGAGCCAAGAUGCGUUUUUACUCGCCGGCGACACGGGCGAGCAACCCCCUGAAGUCAAUAGGACAAAAACGGCUGUGAGAUACUAUUCAUUGGUCGGCUCCGAUCCUUUCACUGCCUCCUUAUUGAGUGAUCACGCCAAUUUGGAUACUGAGAUAUAUCUGACAAACCCACAACUCUUUCAAACCUCUGUGGAGCGUCUCGCGAGUAGGAUAUUAGCGCAAGUGGCCAAAGUCUACAAUAAGAGAAGAUCCAGGCUCAAUCGCAUCAAUAGCUUUGGUCUUAGCUAA